CAUGUGCUCAGCAUCACCCUCACAUCUGGACAUGUUGACAGCGAGCCAGCUUCCAGGGGUCCGGCCUCCAACCCUCUUCUUUAAUCAGACGGCACUCUCAGACGGCGUUAAAGCGGCCAUUGUGCAUGAGCCUCGCCGCUAAUGAGGCCGAGUCAAAGCAAACCCCGGGGCCAGCCACAGAUGACACCAAUAUGUGUUUAUCAGAUGAGCAAACAACAAGCUCUCCCUGUUUUACAGCCCAUGGGGGGGGGAUGGAGGUUAAAAGCUGUGCCUUAACGCACAUUCAAAAGUAAUGAGGCUUAAGCUGGUUACUCAGGGGAUGAAGAGCACUUGUCUGUUGUUUGGCAAGAGCUUAUGCGGUUCAAACACACUGCCUUUGUUGGUAUUAUGAAGGUGUUGACUGUAGUAAAUAAUAAAAGAGUUAUUUUUCUAUCCAUCAGAUCGAAUACAAAGCUUUAAUUGAAUGAUGCAUUGGAUUGGUGUUCUUGUUGCACAUCAGUUUUCAUUGUUAAACUUGCUGUCACUCUAUGAAUACAGCAUGAUACAUUUGUCCCCAGUGGAGACACGAUACAAGAGGUGGUGAAAUGUCUUCCUGCCGGCUGACGCAGAGUUUCCUGCAGUCUGUCUCCCGCGGAGCUGACUGACCGUGACCUUAUGAGUUGAGUUUGUCUCCAUCUUGCCCCCCACCCGGUGGUUUUUAUUUUCAGGUGCACUCGUAGGGAAUAAAACAUUUCAACGUGAGCCUCCGAAUUGGUUUAGUUGUCAUCAUAUCAUGAUGCAUGUGUGCAGAAACCUUGGAGGAUGAGCGCGUUGAGAGGAAAUGGAGAGCCUGUGGACUCGAGGUGUAACUAGUGAUUCCCACAGGAUUAGUACUUGUCUGUGGUGAUUGAUGUUGUGUUGGGACGCUCCAGCAUUUCGGGGCAGACCCUGUGUACAUUGUCACAGAUGAAUGCGCUUUAGCAGCUAACUCUACAAUUAAUCAGCAUUUUCAACUGCAGCUCCCUGUAGACUUUUGAAAGAACUUGCAGACAAAAAUGUCGCAUGUUGGAGACACUAUUCACGUUAAUAUUAUGGAUGAAACAAUUAGUCAUUUGGAACAGAAAUAAUUGUGUCUAAGAUAAUGUGUCAGAGUCAGAGAGUCAGAAACCUGGAUACUGUUAGAAUAGUGUGUAAAGGAAACUGGAUAAGCAGGUUUCUUAUUAUUAAAAGGUUGGGUAAGUUGGAUAAGUGAAACUUAUCUAUACUCUCCUUAAAGCCACAAGACACCAUAGUUAUCAAUGGUCAGCCUUUCUUUUUCCUGCUGCCCCUUUCCGCAGCAGUACAGUGCUUUGGUCCCACGCUCUUAUUGCGUGUUGCUUUUGUUGGUUAGAUUUAGCCAUGAGGAGUGAGAUUGAUUAGUUUAGGGUAAGAUAAUCAGAUAAGCCAACCUGAGGCAGAGUCAUGCCUUCGCCCUCAUUCUGCCUAAUAAUCAGCCAUGUGCUUCUGUUUGUUUCAUGGAGGGUCAGCAGGCUGUUUGACAAAUGAGCUUUCGUUCUAAUGGGACGUUUUUCAAAAAAUGUGGGUUUCAGAAUUAUGGGCCGAACAAAGGCAUUGCAUUGUGAACAUUCCUUUCAUUUUGCACAUAACAGCAGUGUAAUUAAAGUAGAGGCAGAUUGGAUCAAUGCCUUUAAAGCAGUAAUUAUGAAUUAUUUUUGUCUUUAGUACAAUAGAUGAGCUUUACAGAGAGAAGGAAAGCAUCGGCAGAGACAGCGGGAAGAGUAAAUGAAAAUGAAAUUGUGUCCUGACCCUUCAACCUUCUCUAAACUCCACGAUUCAAUGGUCAGCUCCUUUUCUCCAGCACAGCUCACCCAAACUUCAGGACAACUCCACAUUCCCUCUCCUGCUUGUUGUUUUUGAGGGGAAGAGUCCCAUUCAGCACUUCAGCACUUUAUCAACUCCAGCUGUGAAAUCAGAGAUUCGCCGAGGACACCAGUGUUUCACAAGAGGGGAAACGUCGAGGUAUGGGGUGGAUGUGGGGAAGGCUGUAGCGAAAAGGAAUGCAAUGGUUGUAAAUGGGAAUUGAUUGACGCCGGCAGGGCCGUGAGGAAUCAAAGUCGGUGGCCUUUACGAUGCGUCAAGUGUAAAAGUGCAGUGUUUUUUACGACGGGGAAGUGAAGAAAGCUCCGACAGUGGAGGCUAUAAAGCAAUGUAUUGCGAUGGAGGGCUGAGCUGGGUGUCUAGAUUUGACAGAACAAGGAGCAGUUGUCAUGAUUUGUAAGAGCUGGCUUUGAGGGGUACUCUGCUGUUUCAAAUGUCAUCCAAAACUGCUUUCUAUACGGUAGAUCGUCUCUCUGUAAUAGAAUCAUGUCACUGAUAAACUGGAGAGCAGUUACAAGCAUCGCACCAUGUAGAAGCUGCGGUGAAAAUGAUGUAUUGUCAUAGCCUUGUCGUCCCUCAUCCCCCCUUUGUAGAAUCGUUUUAUCCUUGUGUCAUAGAACAGGAAUGAUGUGUUUUGUUUUCACUCCUCCAACACAACGGGAUGGAAAUCCAAACGACUCUCUCGACACUCCCAAACAUUCUCGCCGUAAUUCUGGAUCCAAGUUCCGACCCCAGAAGUGGCGCAUUAUUUCACUUGUAAUACGAGCCGGGGGACUUCGCUAUCAAAGAGAGGAAGACGGAGCGACAGAAGGGGAAAAUAUCCAAGUGAAAGGGUGAAGGAGCUAUUUAGUGAGUACCUGAGCUAUUGCAGUGGAGAGGGAGAGAGUUGGAAAGAGGUAUAAGUGCUGAAAUACUACUGAAAGUCAAAUGUAAAGAUAGCAAGAACAACAUAUGUUUACCAAUAACUGAGUGCACAAGGAAGUAAGUGGAGGUGGGAAUAAGGGAGUGAGCAAAUGUAAGUCAAUGAAUAAAUAAGGGAGAAACAGUCAACGUAAAGCUGUAUUACUAACACUGGCGGCACACAUAUAGGUCAAAUAGCGAUCCAGGCCGGUAAUGGUCUUAAAGCAAGAAAAGGGUUAGGGGUGAGGUUUAGGGUUGCAUGCUCAUCAGGAUAUAUGAUUAAAUGUUGAGUGAUCUUAAAAACCCAUACCUUAAGGUUACAUUUUUAUUAUGCUGAUUCUCUGACUUGAUAUUUGCCCGACACAGAAGGUCUCUACAUUGUCUACAUCCUAGAAUACCUAAAGCCAUUGAAAACAUUUCACAUACGCAGACAUCGUGAACAGAAUACGAACACCUGCGAUGUGAACUACAGCCUGUGUGAAUGGAAAACAGGUUUCCCGUGAUGCUCCGAUGUGUUGUGGAUGAAUGCGUGUUUUUUGCGUGGUUGGUUGAGCGCGGAGAAGCCAAAGGUUGACCGAGGAGCAGGAAUCUAUCUGUGAAUCCUGAACCAGGGAGAAGAUGAAAGUGAGUGCAUGUUUACAUCCACCCGGGUCACGCUUGAUGUAUGGUAUUGGCACAUGCCUGUGUUCACCGAGCCGCCGUGCAUGCCUCCGAAUGCUCGGGCACCUCUUUGUUGUGUGUGUGUGUGUGUGUGUGUGUGUGUGUGUGUGUGUGUGUUUGUUUUAUUUCCCAUGUUGCCUGACGUGCGGUUGACUGUUAGCAUUCAGAGCGCUGACAGAUCCAGCUGCGUGACUAUCUCGUAUCCCGGGGGGGGUUAGACUCUGUGUGUGUGUGUGUCCGCCGGGAGGUUGUAAGGUGUUUGACCCUCUCUUAUCUCCAGCACCCCAGCGUGUUUGUUUUCACAGCUACAACACAACCCUAGUGCUGACGUCAUGUGACCCUGGGCGGUAUUGUUCAUAUAAACCACACACACACACACCCACACACACCAGUGCAGGUUACCAACCAUCCACCCACUGCCAGGAACAGAUAAUAAACACGUGACAUUAUUGAUUCCAUAACCCAGAAAUAUCUGUUAUUCUAACUGACUGAACUGCUAUUAGAUUGUUUUGUUUUCCAACAGCAUCCAAACCACAGAACAUGGAUAUGAGCGUCACAAAGGUGGCACCAACUUUAACCAGUGGGAAUACAUUUUCCAUUUUUACUGAUCUGUCCAUUAAAUCAAUUAAACGAUUAGUCGACAACAUCGUAUGAGUGCUAGUCGACUCAGAUUUCCUUCGGUCAUGACAGUCCUACACUGGCGGCGUUACGAAUAGACAACACAAACACAUGAUAUACUCGGCCGCGAGUAUUCUAUGUAAAGGGCUCUGUUUGAAUAUUCAUGACUAAGCUGUUCCAAAAAUAUAUUAACGUGCCCUGCAGUGUGCUUUAGGAGAACCCAGUCACGUUUAGCAGGGAAUUAUUGUGGAGCACUUGGCAAGUGUGUCAACCUCCCAGCUUCCAUCCCUCCCUCCUCAAAUGCCACCUCCACCUUCCCCCUCCCCUCCGCUGGAAUGCGUUCCCUCUCCACCAGAUAUUUAGUGGUGGUUUUGCCAGAAACCCAGGGAAGCUUUGCUGGGCAGCCGUCACACGAAUAGUCACCGGAGCUUUAAAUUUAGGUGCGGUGAGGUCUUUGUCAUGUCCGUGCCAAAACAAGAUGAAGGCAUGUUAACGAGAUGUUACCUUCAGUUGCCUUUUUCUUCACCUUUCAGAUAAAUAUGGUCAGAAUUGUACACAUCAGUUACUUGGAUGCUGAAGGGGUUGCACUCCUGCACAUAUGUCGGUAUACAUCUUUGUUCCUAGUUUUUCAUUUAACAUUUUUCCUUCAUGUUUGGUUUGCUGUGAUGUUUUUCUUGUCUUAGUUGUGACCAAUCGCUCAGACUCAGUUUAUAAAUUUGACAGGAUCCUAUUCUUGGAAUGGGCCUGGACUCAACGAGGUGGUCUUGACUUCAGCUCCACUGAUGGCUUUGCAGUCUGGCCUGCCACAUAUUCUGAAAUAUGAAUCAAAAACAAAAACAAAAGUUGAGCAAUUCAGCAACACAGCGCGAUCAUUUCAUCUCCUUUUUGUCAACAUCUUCCCAUCAGUGAAAUCCGCUCCAGUCUUCGCCUCACUCCGCUCCCUCCACAUUCCAACCGUGACACAGUUGGCGUCGUACUAUUUUUAGAGAAGCGGUUGGCCCCGUUAGCCAAACAUAAGGAUGCUGACCUCCCCAACGCCGUGUGUGAGGAUGGAAGCGAACAUGAGAUCUGCUUUGCCACUGUUGACUUUGGAGCAUUGCGCUGUUGAGAAACGAGGAACCUUUCAGCGGUGGCCUCAUCACAUGCAGAUAGCGGAGACAUUUUGCAGCGUAGGAUGAUUACCUCUAGAACAACCUGCGGGAAGUGAGAGGGUUUUCUUAAGACCUCUCUGAGGUUUGGCGUGAGCUCGUUUCGUCUCUGCAAACCCCCGGGUAUGGAGCCUCGUCAGAGACGGGUUUCCCGACAGAUCCAGGCGAGGUUGGACACCUGCCAAGUGCGCUCCGGUUCGUGCUGCUCGGCAGGCAGCGGCAGCAGAAGUCGAGGUUGGACUUGCGCCAUUCAUUCACGUGGUAUCCUGUUGUUUUAGGCUUGUCAUGAUCGCUCCUGGUGCAUGAUUGAAAACAUGCUGGAGCAGCCGCUGCUAUUCUUGGGCCGGGGCAAGCAGCGUCCCUAUUAAGGCAAUUGACUGUCAGAGGCAUUGAGGUGGUAUGAAAGUGAGUAGAAGAGGAAGCAGCGGCGUGUAAAGUAAUCAUGUCGCACUUUUAAGAACUUUUUACAUUGACCUUUUUGUACGAGUCAAACUCAAAACAAAAAAAGGGGUUAAACAGAAGGCCUCAUGGAGGGAGUUACAUUUGAGCUGUUGUGAUUUUUGUGGUAAGGACACAUUUGUGAGAAGAGCCCUCUGUUUUUUGGUUUCCACUCGCCUUCCCCCUGCUCUUUUUUAUUAGACGAUGCCGUGUUAAAGAGUUCCGGUUUGCCGUGACACUGCAAUGUGCCCCUCUGAUUCCAGCACAUCUCCUCGCCUCCCUAACCUGAACCAGAUGGAGCCUUUCCAUAUAAAACUUUCACUCCCUUUUAUAUAAAAGGAGGGGGGGAAAAAACCUGCUACAUGUCAUAUUGUGUCCGGUUAAUGCAGUCCAAAUGCAGUACUAUCUCAUCUGUCUCUCACCAACCAACAAAGCGCUUGAUAGAAAACAUGUAGUUUCCAAUGCCGUUGUACAGCUGAAGUCUUUGAAGAAAUCCUCACUCUCGGAUUUCUAUCUGUGCUGCAUUAACUCUGCUGUCCUUUCUGUAAUAUCAAAAACUGGAACACAAAAGUCUUGCUGAAACCAUCUGAGAAAUCAAAAAAUAAAAAGCUUGGAUAGACUUGAUAUUCAUGAUAUCUGAAUGGCCAGAGGAGAAUGCUGUGGUUUUGAUGUUUGUGAGUGAUGCUGUCAGCCUCCUGUUCUCCACAUCAGUGAUAUACAUUGGACACUAAUGCAAACUCUGUUUCUUGUUAUAGAAAAGCAGCCUAAAGCCAGCAUAUUCUAUUAAUGCAUGAGGGUUGUACUACUGAGCAUAUGCCAGCUAUACACAUUCUGACAAACCCAAUCCAAUAAUCAAUACUACCUGCACUUUGAAAAGCUACAUACAGUAAGCGAUAACAUACAACAACCAUAGAUUUCUAAAUGCUCAACUAAGGAUUGAGCCCUCUUACUGUUUAAAGAAAUUUACCAAUUGACCCUUCGCUAAGUCCCGCCCUUCAAACGCAGACUGGCCAAUCAUAGCGUAGCAUCAGCCAGCUCUGACCAGGUUCCUACUACCAAUCAGCUCUGCUGCGCAGACUAUCAUGCAAUGGUUUUAGAUUUUUUAAAUUUCAGUAGAUUUGGAGCUCGUCAUGGUCAAACGUUGUAUAAUUGUGAUAUUUGUUACCCGGAGAGGUUGGAAGGAGAUAUAUACACGUUCCUAAAACGUUGCGCUUCAUGAACUAGCAUUAGCACGUCUAUGCUAUGCUAGCUAGUGAAGUUAUAUUGGACAUAUACAAAUGCUACUUUUGCUUUUGAAUGAUUGUAACAGUAAAUAAAGACCUAUCCGUUUUACAGGAAAAGUGUUCCUUAAUUUCAAUUCAUUCAAAAUGUAUAUAAUAUUUCUUCAGGGACUGCAGUUAGUGACAGUGUGGGCUCCAUGGUAGCUCUGACAACUUGACGUAGUGGCAUCUCAGCUGUACACAUGAAAAGUGGAAAAAAGAAUGAAAAAGAGAGCUUAAGAGAGAAGCGUAUAUCCUGCCUUUAUUCACCUCCACAUACCUGGACAGCUGCUGUGCAAAGUUGACGCGAUUGUCAGAUUGUAGCUCUCAGAAAGUUGCCAAAGUUGUCAGUCGCAAACCUAGCGGGGCCUGCUUUGGUCCUUUUUAAUAAAUUGAUGAAGACUGAUUGUGAUUGGUGGUUCACUGUGCAUGCAGAGCCUGCAUGUCAGUCACUAGCAGAUGAAUCCCGUGUAUUGGAAUAAAUCAUGUUCCAUCAGACAGACUUCUCUUGUAGAUUAGUCAUGGAAAGUGAGAACCAUGCAAGUUUUCCUUUUUUUGUAUCAGCACAAAAAGUCGUAACAUGACGUGUUCGAGUUUAUUCGCCUGACAUGACUUUGCUCGUCCGUCGAUGUGACUGUUGCGCAUGCGCAAAUCGUGUUGUCAGUGCUGAAACGAUUCAUCGCGCAGCCCUACCUCCAGCAUUGGAAAGGUGCGGGGGGGCGAGGGUGUUUGAGAUACUGUCGCACCGUCUUACAAGCAACUUUGUCACAACUUUGUUUGAAGCAUACGGAGGCCAAAACAUUACCGAAGGUCUCCAGGGUUCAGGAUUCAUUAGUGUGUAUUGGAGCCACUGCUGCCACAACAUUCCUGUUGAAGUACAAGACUUCUGGCACCUGCUGAAGGGGUACUGAUUCAUAAUUCUAAAUACUUAAUAACAACAAAAAAACAAUUCGAUAUUUAAGAUCACUUAGUGAGGCUAUUUUUGUUUAAGUUUCAUUGUUUCCAUUCAGGAAGAAUACUGUGAGAGAGUAGUGUGAGAGGCUCAGCAGUAGAAACCAGUCGAGCAACUUGCAAUCUGGUACCUGAUUAACUUUGUUUCCCUUAAGUUCUUUCUCACAGAGAGCUUCCAACAGCUGUUCAUACUGGAAUUCUACUUUUUUUUUCUAAUUUCACCCCUCAAACCUUCUUUUUUUUUUCGAUUUCCACAUUUUGUAUAACUUUUUUCCCCCUCUCACUUUUCCACUGUUUCUCUCAUCAAAGGAAGGGGAAGCUCCAGAUGUAGACGGUGAGAGUGUGUCUAUUUCUAGUGUUCAGUGUUCAGAGAGAGAGAGAGAGAGAGAGAGAGAGAGAGAAAGAGAGAGCUGUUUUGACAGACACACACUCAGCCAGGUCUGAGCAAUCAGGGUUUUGCCAGUGGUGGUUGUACCUUCCAGAGGAGUUCACGCCCCCUUGAACUGUUUUGGCUGACUUUGUGGUAUACUUCUGAAAGAGAGAGAGAGAGAGAGUAAGGAGAGGGAGGAGUGUUGCUUGUGGGAGGAGAAGGAGGAGGGAGUGAACUGGAGGAAGGAGAAGCUCUCUCAGUUUCUGCCAGUCCUGCUCGCUGUAGGCUACAGAAUGAGCACAGUUGCUCUCCUCUCAGUCUGAGAGGUGACUGCUGUAUUUAUUUUUUUCCUUUUUCUUUUCUUUUUUAGUUUUUCCUUCCUCUGCUGUGCAGACAUCAGAAGGAGUCACAACAGAAUUGUCUCCCCUUUCCUCGCCGUACUUUUUCGGACCCACUCUUGUGUUGUUAUUUCUGUGCCCGGGUGGGGGGGGGGGGGGAAGCACCAUGCCGGUGGUCGGCGUCGCCUCCAAGCUCAGGCAACCCUCCACGGUGGGCAGCAAGCCGGUGCAUACCGCACUCCCCAUCCCCAGCGCGGUCAGGGUGGCCGCCUCACAGAGCUACGCUGCCCGGCAGCAGGAGCUCGGGGCGGGCGAGGGCGCCCCGGGGCUCUCCUGCCAGCUGUCCAUCAAGUCCGGGUACCAGAGGACACCUGACGGGAGGUCCAGAGCAGAGAUGGAGGAGAGCAAGAUCUGCAAGAUUUACACGGACUGGGCCAACCACUACCUGGCCAAGUCUGGCUGUCAGCGCCUCAUCAAGGACCUGAGCCAGGACGUCACCGAUGGAGUCCUGCUGGCACAGAUCAUCCAGAUCAUAGCAAAUGAGAAGGUGGAGGAUAUCAAUGGCAGCCCCAGGAGCCAGUCGCAAAUGGUGAGUGGUACAACUUUUAUAUUCCACUUUAUCUAUGGCACUUUUCCAAAGACGGCAGAAUUAACCCCUUAUUUCCUCUGUCUCCACAGUACACUGGAAACGACCUUCGACACCACGGUGACCACCGAGGUCAAUGGGCGGAGCCUACCAGCCCUCACCACACGCUCCUCCCCCAUGGCCUGGCGCCUGGGCCAAUCACAAACCCCUCGCCUCCAGGCGGGCGAUGCCCCCUCAAUGCCCAGCAGCUAUGCUGCGCCCAGGGCGAGCACAACGAGUGCCGGCACCACCACCGGGCGCUACAGUGGCCACUCGGACCCCUCCAGGUUUGUGUACAGCGCCCCCCUGAGGCGAGCGGCAGCGGGGGCGAGGGGGGCGGAGCAGGGGGAAAGGGCAGGAGGAGGAGGGCUGGAAGGAGGGAAGCAGAUGGAGAUGGCAGGGUACGUGAGUGAUGGGGACAUCCUAGGGAGGAACGGCCGGAUGGAUGAGAUCACCAGCGGAUACCUCACAGACGGCGGCCUCCAUCUGUAUGCGCGGAACACGGGCCGAGCCUCCGACGCCGACGCCUCUUCUCGAGAAGCAUCCCAGAGAGGAAGCAAAGAGAUGCAGGGCGACAUAGACAGGUAAGAAUACAGUCCGUCAAUCACCCUGCCCGCUUUUACCUGCCGAUCCCUUUGCGACGAGUUGGACGCUUUGAGUUCCAGAGGCUCGCCGUUCACUUUCAGCCGAAGCCAGGUGGAAGUUUGCAAGGGCAAAUGUCGACAGAGUUUGCCUGUGGUAAACCAAAUGUUAUCCUGCACUCCAGCCUGUAAUAUGUGUCUCUCUGUGUGUCUGCAGGCUCACCUGGUGGCAGCCUUCGAGAAGAGCCUGAGUAACAUGACCGGCCGCCUGCAGAGCCUCACCAUGACGGCCGAACAAAAGGAGUCCGAGUUGGUGGAGUUGAGGGAAACAAUAGAUUCGCUAAAGACCCAGAACACCGACGCACAGACCGCCAUCCAGGUGGCGCUCAACGGCCCUGACCACCUGCACAAAGACCUGCGGAUUAGGCGGCAGCACUCGUCGGAGAGCAUGUCCAGCAUCAACAGCGCAGCCAGUCACUCCAGCAUGGGCAGUCUGGGCAAGGACGCCGAGGACAAAAAGAAGAAGAAGAAGAGCUGGGUGGCCGAUUCCAUCCCGGCUCAGUUGCGCAGCUCCUUCAAACAGGCGUUCAGCAAGAAGAAAUCCAAAUCCCAGUCGGCGCAUGACGAGAUGGAGGAGAUGAUCGACUCGCUGCCGUCCUCGCCCAAACUGCAGCACGACAACAGGCAGGGCAGCAUCGCCACGCUGCAUUCUUCGCCCUCCACCACCGACAAGUGCUUUUGCGAUAGUAAGUACUCCCCCAUUUGGACGCCAAAGAAAAGGCAAAACGGUCACGUGGUCUACAAGCACCGAUCCCGGCUCUGCGAAUGCACCGAAGCCGAGGCAGAAACCAUCCUCCUGCUGAAGAACGAGCUGAGGGAGAAGGAGCUCAAACUGACGGACAUCCGCCUGGAGGCACUCAGCUCCGCCCACCACCUGGACCAGAUCCGAGAGGCCAUGAACCGCAUGCAGAACGAGAUCGAGGCGCUGAAAGCGGAGAACGAUCGCCUCAAGACCAGCGGCAACGCCACACCGACGGCCACGCCCGUCAAGACGACCCGGCCGCCCUCCGAGACCUCCAGCACGUCCUCGUCCUCCUCCCGUCAGUCCCUGGGGCUGUCGCUCAACAACCUCAACAUCACUGACACCAUCAUGUCAGAUAUUCUGCUGGAUGACGGCUACGAGGGCAAUCUGCGCAAAGACGGCCGGAGUGUGCGAAUAGUGGUCACCAUCAGCCGUGGGCCAUAUACCACCAAGGGAAAGGUAGGCCAGGCGUACCUGAUUGGGUCUAUAGGUGUGAGUGGGAAAACCAAGUGGGACGUCCUGGAUGGGGUCAUCCGACGCCUCUUCAAGGAGUAUGUGUUUCGGGUGGACCCUCUGACCAGCCUGGGUCUCAGCUCAGACAGCAUCGUCUCCUACAGGAUAGGCGAGGUUGUUCGCUCCCACACCUCCGAAGUGCCUGAGCUGCUGCCCUGCGGCUACCUGGUGGGCGACAACAACGUCAUCAAGGUCAACCUCAAAGGUGUGAGGGAGAACAGUAUAGACAGCCUGGUGUUUGACACGCUGAUCCCGAAGCCCAUCAUCCAGCGGUACCUCAACCUGCUGAUGGAGCAUCGUCGCAUCAUCCUCUCAGGACCCAGCGGCACCGGCAAAUCCUUCAUGGCCGCCAAGCUGGCCGAGUACAUCAUCUCCCAGAUGGGGCAGCCGGUGACCGAGCACAACGUGGCCAGCUUCAACGUGGACCAGAAUUCAAGCAAGGACCUGCGUCAGUAUCUGUCCAACCUGGCGGAGCAGUGUAACUCCGAGGAGACGGACACAGAGCUCCCCACUGUGGUCAUCCUGGACAACCUCCACCAUAUUGGCUCCCUCAGUGACAUAUUCAACGGCUUCCUCAACUGCAAGUACCACAAAUGCCCUUAUGUUAUCGGGACCAUGAACCAGGGGGUUUCCUCUUCUCCUAACCUUGAGCUACACCACAACUUCAGGUGGGUGCUGUGCACCAACCACACCGAGCCGGUCAAAGGCUUCCUGGGCCGUUUCCUGCGGCGGAAGCUGAUAGAGACGGAGAUCGAUAAGAGCAUGCGCAGCAAUGACCUGAUUAAGAUCAUCGACUGGAUCCCCAAGACCUGGCAGCACCUCAACGGCUUCCUGGAGGCACACAGCUCCUCCGAUGUCACCAUAGGCCCCCGUCUCUUCCUGUCCUGUCCCAUGGACGUAGAAGGCUCCCGGGUUUGGUUCACCGACCUGUGGAACUACUCUUUGGUGCCCUACCUGCUGGAGGCUGUCAGGGAAGGGCUGCAGCUGUACGGCAAAAGAGCGGCGUGGGAGGAUCCUUCCAAGUGGGUGAACGACACGUAUCCAUGGAACGCCGCCUCGCUGCAGCAGGAUGGCCAGUCGCUGCUCCAACUGAGGCCGGAGGACGUGGGCUACGACGGCUACAGCUCGUCCAAGGAGGGAGCCUCGUCCAAGCAGGUGUCCCAGAGUGAUACCGAGGGAGACCCACUGAUGAACAUGUUGCUGCGGCUGCAGGAGGCAGCCAACUACUCCAGCACGCAGAGCUGCGACAGUGACAGCACCAGUCACCAUGACGACCAGCUGGACUCCUCGCUGGAGUCGGCGCUAUGAGACCCAGAGCCCGAGGGGGACCUUCAGACCUCCGUCGCCGCCGGACACCUCCGAUAGUGCACAGAUGUAGGAUGUAUGAAAUGUUUUAUUAUCCGCCAUUUGAAAGAUCACCCCAUAUUUUUACAUUACAAUGGUGCAAUAUUCAAAUCAAAUUAUUGUAUGUUUUCAAGAGCAGCAGCCAACUUUGAUCUCUGUGAUCAAAGUGAUGAACAAUCAUGCAAGUUGGAUCCAUCUAUAUUUUAAUCACAUGAGAUAGGCAGGUCAGCUAGUCAUUUUUUAAUGGAUGUAUAACAUUCGAGAAUACAACUUUUCAUAUAUGUGGAGGCAGGACGGGUCUGGCGAGGGACGGCUCUUCCUCUGAAGUUGACUUUCAAGGAGUAAAUCACAUUUGUGCUCGGCCGUGACGAACCACAGAUCGCAGACAUGUCAGAAAAAAAGAGAAAGCCAAGAAUUUCAACUGGAUUGUUUUUUUUUUUGUUUGUUUUUAUCCCAGAUAUAUCUUCAGAUGUUUACAAUGUGGGGGGGGAGUUCUGUUGUUUAUGUCUUUCCUUGUUUACAGAGGUGCUUCUCACACACACACACACACACAUAUAUGCUUACACACAGGCAGCAGGAGGACACUGUCCUUUAAUUGGUUCAAGCCCCCCCCCCCCCCCCGUGUGAACAACAAUCCAGCCUGCCAAAGUCCUUUGAGCAAGGCACUGUUUAUUCCACCCUGGGACCCUCAUCUCUGACUCCACUUAUGAUGGGAGUCAAGUACGAGAAUACUGUUGAGUGUUUACAGGUGAUGUAGUGCCCCCUGCUGGCCAAGGUGGAGGCUCUCAGCCUGGCAGACAACUGAUUUUCUAUACACACAAAUCAGAUCCAUCAGAUUGAUUUUGUGCUUCAACAAUGUCAGCGACCAGCUGUUCAACUGAAGUGGCUCCUCGCAAGUUGCUAUUUUAGGUUUGAUUGCUGAGCUGAGGGCACUGAGACACACGUGACCCCUCCUGCUCAGUCGCCAGUUGAGUGUCACGGUGCUGGUCUCCCGCCCUGAGCCUCCUCGGUGUCGGGCACUGCCAAGCCGCCACUCGCUGCCCCCGGCACACCAACAACGAGCACAAGGAAAGCGCCAUUGUCUGUGUGUCAUCCAGCCACAUUGCUACUGUGAAGGAAAAAGAAAACGGACAAGUGCCAAUGUUUCCCUUUGAUUUACUGCCAUUUACACACACGCAACCGCACACACAUAGAGACUUAACAACACAAGGCACAACUGACCAUGGUUGUAAACUUAGAUUAGGUUGUACUUGGCCUUCCGUGUCACUCCACAGCUUACAAGGCAUCACGUGAACAGCAGGCAGCACUUUCUGUGGGUGCUCACAGAGCUGUCUUUAUUAGCCGUCCCUCUAAACCCCUCCCUUGAACAGCGAUUGUCCUAUCAGUAGCACCCAUGACUCGGCAACCCUGUCAAGCCUUCUCCACAAGUUAAAUGGUGCUGAACAUGGAGAUGUAGUUUGGAAGGUCAGUUGCAAAUGUUAGCACGAUGGGCUGACAUGGUUACUACUUACAGUAGUGAGAUAACAUUAGCCGAACACAUAGCUUAGUCACCAUCCUAAGAGCCUUUCCCCAUGUAUCGUUGAAAAGUGAGAACAUACAUACAGUAUAUGAAAAAGUAUGCAAGCGAAGCAGCCAAACAGAGUUAUGCUCGAAUGAAAUAUCAGUCUGGUCUCACUAGAGACAAGAACGAUGCUUUUUUCUUUACUUCCACGUGGACCAGCAACUGAUUGGAUGCUGACUGUUUACCCGGGACAUGUUUAUUCGUCUUUUAGCCUGAGAUCAUGCAUGUAGGCAUCAAGUGCACAUCUAAGAUCCAUAUACAAGAUUAUCAUUUUAAAACAUUUUUAAAAAGUCCAACAUGAGCUCAAUCAGCUAUCUAGCUACAGUUGAUAAAAUGUGAUUUAGUGGCAAAUAUGCAAUCGUUGUCUUUGCACGCUGCAUAGGUGCAAGAACGGAAUUGCGAAGGGGGGGCGUGGCUUAGCCAAAGGUCAAUUGCAAAAAGCUGAAUACUUGUGACAUUUGCGUUACCCUGCAUGGAGAACCAAGCGGGUGGGGCUUUGCUGCAACAGGGCAAAGUAACAGGAAAGCAGGAGACUGACUUUCACUCCAACAAAUAUGAAUCAGAGCUGAUCAAUCAACGCAGUGUCAGUAGUAUUGAAUUGAGUGAUGCAAGCUGACAGUGUCCUGCUUGGAACUUUCUGGCACUCAUUUGACUUGCCUUGUUCGGCAUCUGCACCCCUCUGGGACCCAUGAGGUACCAAAAACAGAAUCCAAAGUGUUUUGAAAUGCAAGUCAACCAGAUCGGCCCAAGAGCGGAUUAGGGGAACAAAGAUACUGGUGCUUUCUCACUGCCUUAGAUGUGCAAACGUUCGGGAGGCAUCCGCUGCUCUCGAGUGAGAAAAGACACGUUGAUGUCGGUUGAUGAUGAUCUGCUUCCUGCUACGUCAAAGAAGCUGCUUGUAGUCGGGAAAACAGCCUUUUUUGUUCUUUUUUUGGUUGCUCCCUCUUCCUCCAAACCGCCCUUUCUUGUUUCUGACAGUCAAAGUAUUAAGGAAUUGAUGUAUUUGAAUUUAAAACUGACCAAUAUUGUAAAAAAAAAAAAGAACAUUUAAAGAAGGGGGUGGGGUAUUUUUUAGUUGUUGUUUUCUCGUCCAGUUGAGCUGGGCUCACUUGAACUGACAGGAGCACAACCAAACAGUUUUGGGGUUUUCUAGCCUGACGAGCAUGUUUUAAAGCUUUUGAAAGGGAAUGCAUUGAGGGGAGACCUUUACCGUUAUGUAUGCGUGUAUUGGACGGAAGCCAUUUUGAAUUUUGAUUGUCCUCUCUUUGUUUAAUGAGCGGGUUGGUUUUGCACACUUUGAGGUCGGGGUGGGUUGUAUAUACUUCAGUCUUGCACAGUGAAUCAAAGAUGCAUUCUGCCCUGUUGAUGUUACAAUAUGCUUAACUCGCUGAGUAAAUUAUUGUACUUUGAGAAGAAGAGAGAGGGGGGAAAAAAAGGAGUGCAAAAACUCAACACGCUGUCGAAAAGGGGUGUGUGUCUUGUGGUGAUUGGAUGUCUUUGCCUAUGCAGGAGGCACAAGGUGUACAGUAAGAAAAAGUUUUUAACUCACUAAAAUCACAGACUGAGAAUAAAAAAAUUGGCACAUUUCCAGCCCCCCCUCCCCUCCUGCCGUAAUAUUCUCUGGAUCCUCUCCAUCUUUAGGAAUCCCUGUUGUUCCUUAGAUGCACUUCCUCUCUGGAUAUUUUCACCCAAGCUUACCGCCACGUUAGGCUUUGCCGGCUGUCCGAGGCACCGAAGCUGAACUUGACUGCGUACUGUAUACAUUUACCAACAACCAACAGGUGCUACUGGUCAGUCAAAGCCCACCAGAGACCAAGAAGUCGUGUUGUCACAACCUCAGGACAAUCCUAUACCCUCUACAAUCCUACCUGUGCUCAGCUUCACACGUGUCUCUGUGGCCAAGCCUCUGAUGGUUUCGCACAUAUACCUGGAAGGGUGUGUAGUUGCAUGAUCAGGGGGUAGUUACCACGGGUAACAGGUUGCUCCUUACCUACAGUUGCACCCAUGCAUCAAACCUGAGCUUAGAUCUCCCACAAUUCACCCUCUCAGCUACUCUACACUCCUGUUGUAGGCCAUGAGUUCCUGAGCUAGCAGAAGACUGACACCGUUAACAGUGUGCGCCAUAGUGUUGAUGAUCAGCUGGUCGUUUUUCCCACCCAACACUUUGCGGUUACAUCUCAGUUGAAAAACCAUAGCAUUUACUCUGGUUUGAGGGAAAGUUUUCUUCUGUUGUUUUGGGUGAAACAUUUGUCCUUAAAUGUUUUAUAUUUUGUACAUUUGUAUGUAACAUAUCAUGUAAAUAGACAGAGACAGUGAUUUAACUCAUCUGGAGGAUUUUGUAGUCUUUGUAAAGCCCUAAUAAAUGGUAUUUGGUGUCACACGAGCAAACAGCACACUGAGCUUUUUUUUGUGUGUGCUCUGUUUAUGGCCAGUUUAUGGAGUGGAGGGUCAAGGCAUCAGAGGUGAGUAUUUCAAGGUGAAUAUUGAGUGUCACGAUGUUACAGUUUCCUUUUACAUUGAGAUGAUACCAAAAACAAAAAACAUUUAGUACACUUAAAUGUACUCACUGGCCACAAUGUAGAUGGUCCCAAGUGAUAUUAUCUUAGCCAAAGUGACUGUUGCCUGUGUGAAUUUCUCUCUGUUGGUGAUAAAUUUUAAUGUGUAGUCAAAUAGAAAGACAGACCGCUAGAGCCCAUAGGGUAACAAGUUUUUGGUGAUGGCCUUCUGACAUCUGUUGACAAUACAAAUGAGCUAAAAAGGGUAACCAAUAUGUUUUCACAGGAUACACGAUUCAAAAGACUGAAGUAUUACUUUUAUAUACAUUACAAAAACAUGUUUUCAAUGGGAAAUAGUACAAAUAAAAUACCAGUAAUCACAGCUUUCAAAAUUUAGAAAGGAUUUUUUGUUUUAUUUUGAAGGACUACUUCACGUGUGUGCUUUUCCGGGUUGUACGCAGCUGUAGCUCAAGCAAACAUGGGGCAAGACUCGACCCCCGUGACUGAGUCAGAACAAUACCUUAAAAUGUCUAAAACUAACGGAGCUUCGAUAUCUUUACCGAAACAUUCUUACUGGUACGACUGCUGGUUGUUCGUGGUCUUUGACAUCGUGUUUUUCCUCGUCAUGUAUUACAUAGUCCCGUAGAAAGGACUCUGGAGCCUGAAGACAUGGAGUGUUAGUCCUGUUCUGCUGUCAGGAAUGCUAACCCAGCUUUGACUGAAAUUUAACGCCACAUUAUUGGAUGUCACAUCCCAAGUUGCCAUGGCUUGGACCAUGGAACUGCAAGUUGUAUACUUGUGGCGUACUGCUUUGACGUCAGAGAUUUGACCCCACAAAGCCUCUUCCCUCGGUGACCUGUAGCCAGUUGGCUUGGACGGUCUUUCUGCAUGGAUGGAUUCACGUUGUUGCUGUGGGGAAGAAACGCACUUUUUAAUAAAAAGUGACUGAUGAUCCAGUGUGGGGGCUGUGAUGACAGCAGAGCUUUUACUUAUAAAUUAUAAAGAAAAAUUUGAUAUUGAGGAAUAUAAUUCCACCAAAUCUAAAUCUUGAAUGUUUUCAUGUGGAAUACACUGCAAAUAAAACGUUUUACCUA